AUGGCUGUACCAAGACGACGUCAGAAUGGUGUACCACAAGCCUGCGAGCCAUGUCGCAAGUCCAAAGUUCGCUGUGACCAUGAGAGUCCCAGGUGUUCGCGCUGUACCAUGCGCAACCUGAAUUGUGUCUAUCAUCCUGCACCCAUGACCAAGCGCCGCUCUCCUUUCACUUUUCAUACUCCUCUGCGCUUCGAUACUCCCAUCGCUACCCGUGCUUCUUCCUUGUCCUCUGCUGCAGAUCCGGACAGCGGGGGCUUCGACGUCGUAGAGCGGAACACACUGUUCCAGAAGGAAGUUGGCCGACACCAGACGACUCGGUUCUCCGCAGUCUUCUUCGAGAACCAAGAGAGUUUUGUCCCGGUCAUCAAUGAUGCGACCAACUCCCAUCGCGAGACAGGCCGGGAGCUUGAUGUCAAGGACGGGCCUCGCAUGGAAUUGGCCAUCAAUACCCUCAUGAAUUUCCCCACACGUCGCACUUGUGACAUGCUGGUGGCGGAUCUCCAUCACAUUUACGAUGUCUGGUUGUCCCCGACCAUGAUCCAGAAGUGCCUAGAGCAGGUAUGGAGGGACUACGGUGAUUGUCUGGGCGACCAUCGGACACGCGAGUCAGUGUCUAGAAUGGCAAAUGAUCUCUUCCAUAAUGACAAAAAGCUUCAUCCGAUGCCCCAGAGUGAUUCCGACACCAGCUUCGAUUGCUCCACUUGGGUGAAUUGGUUUUCUGGAGCCUAUCUGCGGUGGGAGAUGCUGGGGAUUCUGUUUGGCUGGGCUGGGAUUGCUUUCAAACACAAGCAAGAAUGGGACUCGGUGUUUGAUCUGCCCGAACAGCAGAGGCGGGAUCGCAACACUGCCGCAGACAAGAUGAGAGAGUGCGCUAAUGCCUGUGUGAGGCUCUGCGAAGACCAUUUUGAAGUCAGUGAUAUCAUGGUCAUUUGCAUGAAGAACAGUAGCAAACUGCAGAGUGUGAUCAUUAGCGACGAGAGCGAUCGCAUACGAGUAGACUUUGGCACUGUGUGCAGCGCUUUCAUAACAGCAGGAUUGCAUCGCCAGCCGUCUCUUGACAAGGUCACGCCGUUUUCCCAAUACCGAGCAUCCAUUGCGGCGUCCAUAUACUAUCUCGAUAAAUGUGAGAGUUUGUUUAAUGCGCGACCACCUAUGCUAAGUCGUCGUUACUGUCAAUACCCACUUCCCCUCGACCUGUGUGAGAAAGAUGUCUACGGUGGCAGGGAAAGACUGGCAGCUGCCUUGGCGAGGCUCGACUCAAAUGGCUGGAAUACAGAUGGUCGAAUCUACACGACAACCUGGCUCCGAGCACUCGCCAUGCUCAGCCCCAUUAGAGAGGGAAUAUUGGAACUGUCCUUAAGCGUGAAUCUGCAAUUCACAAAAUUAGAGGUAGAGAAUCUCAUUGUCCAGUUGAGGCAGAUAGUUGCUUCCUAUCCUCCACACAUUCAGUAUCGUCGUAGCUCGGAAUGGCCGUCAGAGCCAGGCUCAGGCUUCUAUUCGCAAAGCGCUCACGACAUGUACAUCAUUACUCGUAUACACCUCGAUAUAUUACAAUGUCACUUCCUCCUGCAGCGUCUUCUGGUCUCGCGGGAAUUCUGCGGUGGUCAGGACUUGUUUGAUAUAGCCCAGGAUAUGAUAUCUAUCAUUCUCUCCCUUUGGCACAAUCGAGAUCAGUUACAGGACCUCAAUUAUGCUUUUGACUGGAUUUCUGUAUCAUACGGAAUGCCCAGCGCAGGGAUUCUGUGUAUUGAACUGCUCCGAGCUUGCAAACUUGCACCACCCUCACCAGCUGUUCACUCGUCUGUUCAGCUGUCGCGGUCCUCGGUCGUUCAAAACCUAACCAUGUUCGGAGCCCUACUUGACUGGAUACGGCCUACGGAUAAUAAUGCACAGCUCAGUAGAAAGUUUAAGAAAGUUCUGCAGAGGAUUAUUGACGCUGUAUUCGACUCUCUGGGACCGUUGCAUGAUAACACCGAUGUCCGCCCAAGACCUAAUAAUGAGCAUCAGCCUCGAAGACAGUAUGGCCUACAAGAUGAGCUGGAGCAGUCGCGAGGAUAUUCGUCUACCGCCAUUGACAGCGAGCAUGAUUUCGAUCUUGCGCAGGCCACCAUCAUUGAUAUGGAUUGGCUGAACACUGUAGAUUGGACACAGGGAGCUUGGCUUGAACAGAGUAACCAGCCUUUUUAG